AUGAGUGAACAAACCAAGAUGAAUGAAACACAAUUCCUUGUUUGGGUCAAUAAGAGUGGACCACCUAUCAGCCUGAACCGUACACCAAAGAGCGACAUAGAAAUAGCAUGCGUCAGUCUGGAGUAUCAAGGUUCAUUCCCGCCCCCGUCGUUGCCGACAACGGGUGAAGUUACACUGCUCUUCAUCGGCCUAUUGUUGGGGACGUUAUUGAUUGACCGAAUUUGCCAAUGCGUGAGGCGGAGCCACAAAUGUAUACAGGAUGAUUUUGUUGGGAAGCAGAACCCUGACAAUCUUGGAUUGGCAGUGACCUAUUUGGUUUCCCAAAUUGCGUGGCCAACAAUCGUUCUGGACUCUGCAUUAUCCACAAUCUACAAUGGAAUUGCCGCCACCAUCCUCGACUCCGUUGCUAGGGCCUUCGCCCCUGCCAUCUUCACGAUCUUUCUGCUGGAGAUGCGGACCAAGGCGCCGGGUGCCAAAAGUUUCCCUCAGUUCAUCAGACGUCGAUUUGGAGGUGUGGCACAUGUGCUCGUCCUGCUUCUCUUUAUCAUCACGUCCAUCGCCAACAUCCUAAAAAUCUUAGCCUGAUUCACAUUCAAGCCACCAGUUCUGCGCUUUUUUUCUGGGGAGAACGCGAUGGACCUCGUCACGUACGUUGGUCAGACUAUCACUGCACUUAUUCUAGAGGACUAUGUGAGGCCUCUGUUGAAUUGGGAGAAGACGACCGAAUUUUGUGUCAAACGGGAAUUUUUGCAUUUCGAAAAAUGUUGA